AAGUAGACAUGGAGGAAUAUUUUUUGCAAUCUUUUAUGCUAAACAAACUGAGCAGAAAUUAUUAUUUUUAACCCAAAAAACAGAGAGCAAUUCUUGCCCCUCAAGUGACCUUCUUUUUGUAAAUCCUGUUUGUGCAACAAUGUGUUAUUCAUGUUAAGGUCUGUAUACAGCCACUGGGACAUCAAACCAAGCGCUCUCAUGUAAGAGAACAUUAUCAUGAAGGGUAGGUAGGAAUACGUCUGCACUGUCGCAGUGACUGACAGUACAGUUAUAAAAACAUUAUUUGCUGGUAAAAUCCUUCCUUUUGAUAAAGGUAGUUCAUCAAGUGUUGGGAAUUCACUGAUUUUGUGGUUAGUUGCGUUACGUUUGGGCUGUCAUUGCCAAACUGUGCAGCCCUUAAAUAUUGUUGAAUCACUGCUGUGGUACUCAAUGGUUUUGUAGUGCUAAUGCUAGCUGCAGCGACUGCUGCGUCAUUCUUUUUUGUUCUUUUUAAUUUUCAGUUUUAGAGCAAACAAAAAAAAAUCUAUUUUUGUGUAUGGAGACAAAAAUAUACUAUAUACUAUAUGAAACGAUAACAGAGAAAGGUCAGGGUGAAAGACACUAGUUAUUGAGGAUACCCAAUGGUAUAAUCUGCAACAUAAUCAGAACUGAUGGAAAAUAAACUAUCAAGUUACUUCUCAGCAGUUUUGAUAAUUUAAUUUAACUGAUGUGUGUCACAAGGUAUAUGAUUUACACUGUUUAGGCCACCCUACUUUCCUGCUUCAAACCAUACUGCAACCCACUCCUAACCCAGCUCCUCCUUUUUAUGCCGUAUUUGUUUUUAACCAAUUGAAUAUACUGAGGGGUCUUUGCUGCUGCUCUACCUGCCUUGGCUUUACACAUACAGUCAUUAAAUGGAGGGUAGUUCAACUGAAGUCUCCCUAAAUGGAGGGUCUCCCUGCCACAAGCUUUGGCAUUCCAUGAAUGUACGUGAAAGGGCAGGACGCUCUUAAAACAGAGCCAUACUGCCAAAUUUCAAAUAAAUAAAUAAAUGAGCUAGUAAUUUUAAACUAGCUGAAGUAGAAAGAAUGAAAGCAUUGUGUUUGGUUAAAAAAAUAUUUUCUUAUUUUUUCCUCCCUUAGUUUGUGACCUUGUUCAAACCCCCUUCAUCAUGACGUUCCUGCAGCAGAUGCGUUCCCCCCGCCUCUCCUUCAUACAGACAGUUGCGUCCCUCUUUCUGGCUGGGACAGCCCUCAUGUCCUCUUACUGGUGUGUCGGUAAACAGAAGGUGCCAAAGCCGCUCUGUUCACCCAUCAAACACAGCAACUGCAUCCCCGUCCCCGGCCUCUCCAACUCCUCCAACAUCCAGUUCUCCUGGGAGACAGGGGACGACCGCUUUGUCUUCCCCACCUUCCACACCGGCCUCUUCAUCACCUGUGAGGAGAACAUCUACACGGACGCCUGGGGUGAGAAAGCCGGAGUUUAAAUUGAAAGAUCAGAAUCAUUAAUGCUAACACUUUACAAUAACCAUAACUUAUAAAUGUUAAAUAGACCAUUUAUAAAUGGUAAGCAGAUAGUUUAUUAAUGUUUAAUCAUCAUUUAUAAAUAGCAUAUAGACCAUUAAUAAAUUGUACAUUUUACAAUUUUAAAUACCUAACCCUAACCCUAACUUUACAAUAACCAUCUAAGUAAUGUUUAUAGGUGGUUUAUAAACCUCUUAUUAACCAUUUACAAAGUGCUACUGACGCACAUUUUAAUCUAGAUAUUUUACAACUAAUAUUUAAACCCUAUAUAAACCUUUAAAGAAUAGUCCAUUAAUAGUAAGUCCAUUAGUAACUAUUAACUUACAUUAAUAAACUAUCUAUUUGCCAUUUGUAAUUGGUCUAUAUGCUGUUUUUAAAUGAUUAUUAAACAAUAAUAAACUAUUUACCAUUAAUAAAUUAUGGUUAUUACAAAGUUUUACUGAAUUAAUAUGAUUUAAGAUGUUCUUAAAGAUUUUUCAUUGAUCAAAAAAGACUAAAUGUGUCUGAAUACCAUGUGAGAAUAAGAUGUAAUUAUACAGCUAAAAACCAUAAGAUACAACACAACACAAUACAAUGUGAUACAAUUAUUACAACACAAUAUAAUAGGAUAAUAUAGGAUACAAUAUGAUACGAUAUGAUAUACAACAAUACACUAUGAUGUAGUACCAGAUGACAGGAUACGAUUCAAGAGGAUAAGCUACGAUACAAUAUGACAAAAUUCUAUAUUAUAUUAUGAUCUAUGAUAUAAUAGUAAACUAUAUGAUGGCAUAUGUAUACUACAUGAUACCAUAUGAUACCCUACUUCCUGUUUACUAUUAUUACCUUGGCUGUUUUUGUUGCACUUCCUUCUACAGUCAGUUUGCAUCCUGAUUGGCUAUUGUUCUGCUUUAUGUGACAAUCCAUAGAAUGCAUGCUCGGCCGUCUUCCAUGCUGUUCAAUCGACCGUAUGAAACAUGGACAGAACAAUAGCCAUCCCAUGUGAAGCCAAAACUUUAAGAGCUCCCCCUGGUGACUGGCUUUGAUGCAGGUUACAUGCGCCACCUCAGGGUGACUCAUGGAUCAUGGUUUCUGUAAAUAUGCAGCUGUGCCAGCAUCAUCAAGCAUAGGGUCUAGCAUGUUAUCAUGAUUUUCACAGGAGAGUACAUCUGUUCAUUUGUGAGGACAUCCAGAAUUCUUUAUAAUUCUUUGAAAAACGACAAUUUAAAAGAAACUGAAGGUCAAGAUGUGCCGCUAGUGACAAUGAAAAGAAUGAACAAGGUAGAAGAACUUAUUAAAUGAGAAAGCAUUGAACUUAAAACUCAGAUAUAAAUGUACCCACUGUUACAUUAUAUUGUCAGUAUCAUUGGAGAUUUCAUUGGUAAUAUUUGCAGAUCAGAUUGUGUGUGCAGCUCAUGUGUGGUAAAGGAUAUUACCAAGGUGAGCCACACAGAAGCAGAGAGUGAAUCAAACUCUGUAUUAUCUGUGGCACAGGAGGGACAAUAAAAGCAGGUCACAGUGGGACAGGAAAUCCAAGGUGAUGAUAUGAACUGAAGCCUGAGGUCUGUUUAUUUGCAUCCGAAUAUAUACGUAAAGCAUUUGUGUGUGCAUGUGCAUGUGUGUGUGUGUCUGUGUGAGUGUGUGUUUGUGCGCCGCCUAAAGAGGAUUAUCAUCAGUGUGUUUUCCGCUUGCAGAGAUUUAGACUUCAGCAGCAUGACUCAAUUAUGGAUUAGAAACCCAGAGAGAGAAAGGUUAAUAGGAUUCACAAACACAGGCCGGUUUUUUAACCGUCUCAUCUGCAGCUGAUUUAAAGUGAUGGUAAAGAUUGAGUCUGUCUGGGACUAAAGUUCAGAGCAAAUUUCACCUGGAAAAUGUAAGGUCAUGUUGAUUUAAAUUUUGUUUUAUGAACUGAACCUUAAUUUUCAAAAUAAAAGUCUUUAAAAACAGGAGCAUAAAAACCUCAAUAUAAGAAGACCUUCAGGGGGACUUCAGUAACAGAGAUAACAUACAGCUUUAAAUCAGCAGCAUUCAACAAAAAGACAUAUUCAGUCAAUAAUCUUCAAUACUUUUUCAAUUAAGUCUCAUGUUAUAUGGAAUUAUGGUUUAUUAUGAAACAGGCAAAUUUAACGACCAUUAAGUUUCUCAUGCUGCAAUUUUUAGUUUUUAAGUGUUUAUCAACCAGGUGAACUAAAAUCUUCGUUUUUAAAAUAUCAGUUGGAUGGAGAACCAUCCAGCUGAUAUAUUUCAAACAAGUUUGAGUACUUGUUACUCAAUUUGGACUCAACAAUACAAUAUACAUGAUACAAAAAUGUUACAGUAACUUUCAUACAAUAUAAAAAAAGUACACAUUGAUAUGAUACUUUGCAAUACAAUACAAUAUGAUACAAUGCAACGCAGUAUGAUACAAAAUAAAAUUACAUGAAAAGAUACAAUAUGAUACAACCAGGGGUGGAUCCAGGGAGUGGCCAAUGGGGACCAUAGCCCCUAUAAAAUUUGAUUGGCCACCUUAGUGGGCCCUUAAUCCUAAAUUUGCCUUGUCAGAGGGUGGACUUUGGUUAAACUAUUUGGGCUAUGUUGCAACAGGCUGUGUGCAGCUUUCCUCUUAUUUUUACGUCACAUUUUAUGUUUUGGUUAAUAUUUUGAAUUGUGACUUUAGACAAGCAACUUUUGUUCAGUCCUCAAAGGUUUGAGAAAUAUAACUUUCCCAUGACCUAAAUAUUUAUUUUCACAGCAUGGCAACAAAAUCUUAUCACUUAAUGGAAAAAAAUGUGUUUUGUAUUGUGCAGCUGUCUUAUGUAGUUCCACUAUGUUGCUGAUCCAACAUGGAAAUGUUGUUGCUGAAAGAAGCGUAGUGAGCCAGUUUUCAGACUUGCACCAAAAAGAAAAAUAAGAACCUUCUGCUUUCAAAGUAACUGAAUUAAUGAUGAAAAUGUUUUUGAUGUGGUAGCCCUGAGAGCUCAAUCCAGUCCAAUUUACUGCCUGUAAACAUUUGCAAAUGUAUAAAGAAAGGCUCUAAAAAAGACAUCUUUGGCAGGCUGAACAUUUAGACACUGUUUUUCCCCUUUUUUUGAAUUAUUAUUUUUCCCAGAAAGCUGCACAAGUGUUGCCAAAUUGGUGAAGAAAUUUCUUUCAGUUUCUUUUGCUUUUCUUUGUACAUCUGUAUCCAUAAGUUUGAAGUGUUUCGAGCUUUCAGGGCCACCACAAUUUAGAGUUGAGUAUGGUGCACUGAUUAUUGCACAUUUCUGAAAACAACUUGCAAAAAGAUUAUCUGACAGCAGAAACAGACAAUUAUUUUAUAUAUAUAACUCAUCUGAAAAAAUGUGAGGAUAUAUUUUUUUGACUCUUUAAAUGUGAAAUUGAUUUUUUCAUAGGCUUUUGGAGUAAAAUUGUGACUUCAUUCUAAGUUUCAGUAUAAACUAAAUCUCCCUAGAUUCAAAACAAAUAAAUCCUUUAAUCUUUUAUCAGUUUAUUCCCGCUUAAUUAAAGUCCAUCUCAGUUGUUUCCUCACAGUGAUCAAUCUUGCUAAUCACAUGCUGCAUUUGAAGAAAAAAACUGACAAAAGCAAAAAUGAACCAACAAAAGUCCCCCCAAAAAAGGACUUUUUAAAUAGAUACAAACACAAACUGACAAAAAAUGUUUGACUUACUUUAUCUUGGUUGUUUUUCUCAUUUUGCAGUGUUUUUUUUCCCCAAAGCUGCAGGUUUGCGUCACAUUGUGGAACAUGUUUUCCACUUCCUUUGUGUUGUGUCACAGUUUGCUAAGCUUUCAGAGACUCCAAUUUAGAGCUAAAUACGGUGCACUGAUGACUGCAGCUGUCAUAUAAACACACUGGUAAACAAGCCAGAAAGAGGCUUAAAAGGCUGCAGACGCAGGUUCUUUUCUAAUUUUUUCUUAAAUUAGCAUUACUAACACAGACAGAAAAACACAAACUAGUAUUCAAAAAAUGGUUUCGUGAUAAAAUUAAUAAGUGGAAUAUAAAUGUUGCAUUUAGACAAAAGUUAUUUAAUUUGUGGUUAGUUUUUCUUGUUAGCUCAGGCCUUCCAGAUUCACCAAACAAAUCUUAUAAUCUGGGCUCAGGUUACUUAAGGCCAUGUAAACAUAAUUUAAACUGUUAAACCAAUCUGGUUAUAAACACUGUCAGCAGAUUGAAAGAUUGCUUUUUUUAUACCCUGUUGAUUUAACCUCACUUUAAAUCUUUGGCAGCUGGUGCAUUUUCCUCCCACAACAAAAUUCAAGAUAUAUAAAUUUAUUAUUUUUUUUUCCCAAAAGCUGCUACAUGAAAUGAAAUAAAGGAGAUUCAUCUGUACUGUUAAACUUAAUGAACAUGGUAUAUUCCAAAAUUUGCCAUGUUUUUUAGCUUUCUCUGAGGAGUGCUUUAAAUUGUUCAUGCCUAUCCGAGUCCAUACUAGGUCUAAUCCUCAAGUCUGAAAGGAGGCAGCAGUCAGAAUAUAAAGCAUCUGCAUCAUUACAUGCCAUCAGCCUUGCUUUCUUAGCAAAAUAACUCCUUAGGGAAUGACUGAGUGUUUAGUUCUCUAUCUGUUUCUGGACUGCUGUUUCAUUUUGAUAUCUGGCUGAUAUGGUCCGAGCUCUUUAAACCUCAGCCUCUCAUGCAAAGAUCGCCUCAUGAAUUGCAUUAUUUUCAGCUACUUAAAGCUCCUGUGAGGAGGAUUUUGCUGGUUAGUCAAAUGGACUAACCUACAGUUAGUCCUACAGUGUGAUUAUAGAUUAUUUCAGUGAGGUUGUUUUUACUGCCAGUGAGUGUGCUCUUGUUAUUGCAUAUUAGCUAUAAACAGGACGCUGCAGGAACACUAUUUUUAUGCACGUACAGGAAAAGGUCUACAGAGAAAGUAGAAGUACAAAUUCAUCCAAAGUGUGUAAAGAUUAACAAACCAGAAGUCCAAGACAGUGCCGGUCUGUUAGCAUGUUUAUCUUUGCUGCAAAAAUUGACAGUUUACUGUGGGCUGAAGAAAAGAGCCCCAUGGAUUUUUUUAGAUAUAUGUGUAAGGCUGUGAAAAUCCUGGACCACAUGAAACAAAAAAACAGAGGAUUGUUGCAGGAGAUGGCUUUAAAAUACAGGUCAAACACAGGCAGGUAUUUACACACCAGUGAUAUCCAACAAGACAAAUGUGACAAAGGUUAAAUAACCACUCUGACCUAUAAAAUGUCCAAAAAUAAAUGAUAUGUUAUGAGAACAUGUAAAGCAGUCAUUAAGAGUAAAUGUUGGGCAUAUUAACUUCCUGUGUUGUCAUGGCAACCCAUACAAACAGCAAUCACUACACUAUAAAUCAUGUGGGCGGGCGGCAAAAUCACUGCUGCUGCAAUUACCUGCUGCGUUUCAAGCUCAGAUUUUUACAUAAAGCUUAAAAAGCACAAGAGCAUUUUUUCAGUGAGUGAAUGAUAAGUAAGUUUUAACAUAUCUUUUGAUUUUUAGAAGAGAAGUGUCGAGGGUUUUACACUCUGACCCCAGGAUCUGAAAAAGGUAAUCGAUCACUAUUUUCCAUCUUUUGUCGCAGACCUUUCCUUUUUGUGCAUUUCUGACCUUCCCCUGUGUUUGUGCUCCUCCCUCCACAGCGAUGAUGUGGCUGUCACUGUCCAUGGAGCUCAUGUACAUCGGUCUGCUGUUCAUCAGUUGCAUCCUGCUCUCUGUGCAGUUGUGUAUCAGGGCCUGGUGCCCCUCCACACAGCGCUGGGGUCAGCUACUCAAUGCCUUUGCCGCUGUCUUCACAGUCCUGGGAGGUACAAGCAGCAAACCCCGACAGUUAAAACAAAGAACAAUCUCCAUAAAAAGAUCCAAUAUGAUCAGUUAUUCUAGUGUGGGAAGCAUUCUGGUUAGAGCACCAGCAGCACAAGAACCUUAUUGGCAUGCACUCUGUUGCAGAUGGUUUCAUACAACAGGGUCUCUGCAGAUUUUGACUGUGUGAAGGAAAACAAAGCAAAAGAAAAUGAACACACUGUCUAUUUUCAGACACAAUUUAGCUUCGUGUAACAGUUAUCAAUGUACUAAUCAGUUUAUCAAUGUAUUGUCCUUUUUUUGCACAUGAAGUCAUUCUAAGGAUAGUGAACUGGUUCUGAGAUUCAGAAAAAGAAAGUAUAUGUGCUUCUUUUGUCUUCACAGGUUUGGUUGGGAUGGUGGGUCACAUGAUGUACAUGCAGGUGUUUCAGACUACAGCAUCAAUGGGACCAGAGGACUUCAAGCCUCACAGCUACGGCUACUCCUGGGCUUUCUAGUGAGUUUUAUAAACACACGAUUCAUUUAAGCCUCACACAGCCAGGUCUAAUAGAAAGUACAAGAGAUCCAGCUUUCAGACUUUGACCUUUCUGGGUUUUGGGUCAAAGUGUGAGGUGUUUCUUUCUCCACAGGCACUUAAGGGUUUCUAAGGACUCACAGUAUGUUACUUUUCUAGCUGUUUACAAAAUGUCCUAGAUGUUUGUGAGCAAGGUGUUACAUUCAGUUGGGGAAAAAUAUCAUAAAUUCGAACUCUGGAGGAUGUGCAGCCUCUCAGUUUGAAAUCUCAUCAUCCAUGUGAUAGUAAGAAACUGUGCCAAGUGACUGUGUGAAGGCUGCCUGAAAGGGGGGUUGAGACUAGUGCAGACAGACGCAUAGGCAGAAAAGCACCAAAACAAAAUUGGUGAGCUCUCCGGAAGAAUCUGUGCAGUACUAAACCACACAUUUCUUGUAAUUAACUGACAACAGGUCUGCUGUUUUUGGGUCACAAACAGCUCCUCAGUGUUUAAGCAUAUUUAUGACAAAAAAAUUUAUAUGGCAGGAAACAUCUUCUUGACCAUCAGUUAGUGAUGGGCGGUAUGACGGUGUAUAUACCAUGUGACGGUAUAAAAGUGUCUACCGGUAGAAAUUUUUCUAUACCAUUUAUACCUGAGAGAGACAGCAGAUGUCUGCUGGAUCUCUCUGAAUCAGUGUAGUUGUCUGCGCUUGCUAACAGGAAAGCCGGAGCACAUCCGUUUGAGCGCAUUAUAUUUACCAGCGUAUUGUGCAGAGUUUGUUCACUCCAUUUGAUUGGUCAGAUUUUGGUGCGCUCCCUAUAAUCACCAGUGUAUCCAGCAGACUGCUUGGCAUAGUUUUGACGCAGAAGAAACAGCUUCGGCAGCCUGACCCAUCCAACAUGAGGAAGAGGAGGAGGGGCUUGUUCCAAAAAAGGGCACGAGUCGUGACAUCGGUUGUCUAGAGAUUCUUUGGAUUUAGAAAAUCCAACAAUGGUCAAAAAACAAUACGGUGCAAAGUGUCCUGUGGCUGUCGUUGCUGGAGGUGGAAACACAAGCAACCUCUUCCACCACCUAAGGAUGAAACACGCCAAGCUCUAUUAAGAGAACCAGAAGAUGCGUGGUGCACCCGCUGCACCAAAAACUGAAGUUGCAGCAGCUCCUCUCAUUCAAAGGGCUUGGCAGAGUCUUUCGCCAAAGGUACGCCAUAUGAUAAAAAAAAAUUGCCAGACUGGUCUGACAUUUUGUUUGUAUUUGUAAACAAAUCCGAGUUUAAAAAUAAAAGGGAAAUGAACAAAUGUGACAGUAUAGUUAUUUUUAAGCUAUUUAUUUAAUUUACAGGGGGGAAAAAACAUACCGUGAUAUAUACCGUUACCGUGAUAUUAAGGAAAGAUAAUGUUCAUACCGCCCAACACUAUCACCAGUCUGUGAAAUUUGUAACAUCCUAUGAUUUAAGUCCACCCUUUCUGCCUAAUUGGCAUUCAGAACAAUAAGCUGUUACUUAACGCCUUUAUAUAACUCUUUUUUUAAGUUUAGGGUGAGGGUGGCCUGGGAUGGGGCCCCAAGUGCGUCUUUCGCCCAGGUCACCAAAAUGGCUUGUUACAGCCCUACAUGGCUACACGUAUCCUAAACGGGUGAGACAAAAAGACAGGGUGCAUGUCAGUGAUUUUUAUUCCCAUGUCUUCCUGUCUCAGUGUGGCCUGGCUCGCCUUCACGGUUUGCAUGUCUGCCGGUGUCUCCACCCUGAACAACUACACCAAGAAGGUCCUGAUGGUGGGACCCCGGCACUACUCCAGCCUGAACCCCUGCAGCUUUAACUUUGUCGGGCUCCUUCCACCAUAUUACACCCCCGCCAACCCAGACAACGCCAUUUCUCACCUGUCACCCUACUAUGAGCCACCAGCAACUGUGUUACCGGCCCCUGCUCCAAGGCUCAUGCACUCAGAGUCCUUCCCUCCUCCCCUCUCCCACCCUUCGCCUGUCUCACCUUACCAUCGGCUGUCCCUCCCUUCUACAUCUCUUGGACCUUCUGUCUCUGCUCACAUGGCCCUGCCAGGACACCAGGAGGGUCAUUAUGGGCUAGAGGUUGCCUUUAGCCCACUCUGAGCGUCUCUUUUCACCUGG